AUGGAGCUAAAAUCCGAGCAGAUUGCUCAAGGCAGGCAGUCUCUCAGUCCUGAAGGCGAUCGCACGAUAUCCCUUCGCGAUUUGCGUGUGACAGCCAUCGCCAAUCUCGGUGUGACCAGGGAUGGUUACGAUUGUAUCGAUUUGAGCAACAACGAGAUUCGUAAGCUGGACAAUAUACCGUUGCUGCCGCGUUUGCGAACCCUGGUAGUUGCUGGCAAUCGUAUUAGCAAGAUCUCCGACACGCUCAGUGAUUCUGUGCCUAAUUUAACUUCUUUGGUGCUGGCAGGGAACAACAUCGCACAACUCGCCGACUUGACGCCGCUUUUCAAGUUGACAAAGCUGGAGCGGCUUUCGCUGCUGGAUAAUCCAGUCAUCGCAGUGCCACACUUCACGGAGUACAUGGUGUUCCGUUUGCCUUCCCUGCGCUAUCUGAACUUUUGCAAGAUCGCGCAGAAGGAUCGGCUUGCAGCUGCCGAGUUUUUCCGCACGGAAGAGGGCCUUUCUUUGCUAAGAGAGCAAGGUUACGACCCGUUUGCAUCGCUCGGAGGCGUGAAGGAGCGCGCAGAUGUGCUGGCUAUGAUGGAGAAGACGACUGAUGUCGGCUCUUUGCUGGAGCUCGAGAAGCGGCUGAUGCAGACCGAGUCAGGUGUUCCAUCCGCAAUAUAG